AUGUUAGAGAAUAUAUCAGUAAAUGUACUAGAUGCCAAUAGGAAAAGAUAGACAAAGACUUAUAAAGCUCCACUACGACUAACUGACACACCUAAACAUUUUAACGAUAAAAUUGCAUUACACAUUAUAGGACCUUUUAUACCAGAUGAGUUAGGACACCGUUAUAUUUUAUCGAUACAAGACUGUUUAACGAAGUACGCCGUUUCGUGCUCCUUAAUUGAGGCCAACGCAGAACUAUCGAUAAUUUUGUAAAACAAUACGUUUCUUAUUUGAUAUACCGAAUCAAAUAUUAACACAUAACGGACAGAAUUUUGCUAGCAAAUUAAUUCAACGAUUUACACAAUUAUGUUAACAUAACCCAUUUAAAAACUUCGCCUUUUCAUCCACAAUCAAAUGGUAGUAUCGAAUGAAUGCAUGCAACUCUCAAAGAAUUUCUACGAAUUAAUAACAACAGUAUGGAUUGGACAGAAUUACUACCUUUCUUUGCACAUACAUAUAACUCAACGACAUAUACAGUUACCGACUUCACACCGUUCAAAUUAAUUUAA